AUGCAACUUUCUGUUCUUUGGAGGGCACCUGAGGUGAACCCUGUCAAUCGCAAGGCCCGCAGUAUUCCGGUCUUGAACAUUUUCAAUGUCUAUGCGCGCGCGUUCCACUUCUCAUGGCUUGGCUUCAUGAUUGCCUUCUGGGCAUGGUACACUUUCCCACCGUUGUUGACGGUGACCAUCAAGAAGGACCUGAAGUUGACUAACGCCCAAGUCGCCAACUCCAACAUUGUUUCUUUGGUCGCGACACUAUUUAUGCGCCUCAUCGCCGGCCCUGCUUGUGACCGAUUUGGUUCCCGCAUCGUCUUCGGCUCCCUAUUGCUCAUCGGCACACUGCCCAUUGGCCUUGCUCCGUUGGUUACGAAUGCCACAGGCCUCUACAUCAGCCGUUUCUUCAUUGGUGUCCUUGGCGCGACUUUCGUCCCCUGCCAGGUGUGGUGCACAGGCUUCUUCGACAAGAACGUGGUCGGAACUGCCAAUGCCCUUGCUGGCGGUUGGGGCAACGCAGGCGGUGGGAUAACCUACUUCGUUAUGCCCGCUGUCUACGACUCCUUCGUUCAUGCACGUGGCUACUCUCCUGGUCAGGCGUGGCGCUUGACCUUCAUCGUCCCCGUCAUUUGCCUCUUUGUGUGUGGUCUGGGCCUUCUUCUCCUAUGCGAAGACACCCCUACUGGCAAAUGGGCCGACCGUCAUCUCCAUGCUCAGGAGAACCUGCAAUCUCACGGUGUCAACGCUGUCGUCGAUGUUCCUGGGGGCAUUACCGAUCGUACUGCCGGCUCCAUGGCAUCUGACGAGGAGAAGAGUAGCACUCACGGAAAGAACGGUGUCAUCGCCGGCAACGAAGCUCCUCUCUCCCGCACCGAGAUGGUUGAGACCGCUCAAGGAGACACUGUAGUCAACCCGACUUUCAAGGACGCUAUGAAGGUUGUUUUUUCUCCUCAGACCGUCUUCCAUGUCGCCACCUACGGCUGCUCGUUCGGCGGUGAGCUGGCCAUCAACUCCAUCCUCUCCUCCUACUACUUGAAGAACUUCCCUUCUCUCGGCCAGACUGGUGCCAGCAACUGGGCCGCCAUGUUCGGAUUUCUCAACAUCAUCACCCGCCCUGCCGGCGGUGUCGUGUCUGACCUCCUCUACCGAUAUGGUGGCCACAAUCUUUGGCUCAAGAAGGGCUGGAUCACAGUCUGCGGUCUUCUCACUGGCGCUCUCUUGAUUCUCAUCGGCCAGAUCAACCCCCACAAAGAAGCCACGAUGUUCGGCCUUGUCUUCCUUAUGGCUGUCUUCCACGAGGCAGGAAACGGUGCCAACUUUGGCCUUAUCCCUCAUGUUCACGGCCACGCCAACGGCAUUGUGUCCGGUGUUACCGGCGCUGGAGGGAAUUUUGGCGGUGUCAUCUUCGCCAUCAUCUUCCGUUUCAUGGACAACGGCACCAACUACGCCAAGGGCUUCUGGGUCAUUGGCUGCAUCCACAUCGCUGUCAACCUUGGUGUUUCCUGGAUCCACCCGCUCCCGAAGAACCAGCGCCACUGA